CGAGGAGAGGCUUCGGGGGAGAGCAGCAGGAUGCGCGAGCGGAGACAGAGAGGCUGAUAGACUGAUAUCGACUGUGAUAGAGAGACGGACAGAGCGGGGGGAAGGGGGAGCAAGGCAAUUCGGAAUACUACUUCAACAUCCCCCCCAAACAGAAAGCAUCUCUACUUAUCUGCCAGCCAUCCUGUCGAUGAGAGGAUGUCGGUGAACCCCCCCAGCAGUAACGACGCCUGCCUCAGCAUCGUGCACAGCCUCAUGUGCCACCGGCAGGGCGGGGAGAACGAGGGCUUCGCCAAGCGCGCCAUCGAGAGCCUGGUGAAGAAGCUGAAGGAGAAGAAGGACGAGCUGGACUCCCUCAUCACGGCCAUCACCACCAACGGCGUGCACCCCAGCAAGUGCGUCACCAUCCAGAGGACGCUGGACGGGCGGCUGCAGGUUGCCGGUCGGAAAGGCUUCCCCCAUGUGAUCUAUGCCCGACUGUGGCGGUGGCCUGACCUGCACAAGAACGAGCUCAAGCACGUCAAGUUCUGCCAGUUCGCCUUUGACCUCAAGUACGACAACGUCUGUGUCAACCCCUACCACUAUGAGAGGGUGGUGUCGCCAGGCAUCGUAGGACUCAGUCUGCAGAACACAGGCCCCCCAGGCCGCCUGAUCAAAGAGGAGUUCAUUCACGACUGCAUUCAGAUGGACGGCCCCCCGGGGAUGCCCCCCCAGUCCGACCACCAGGGGGGGCUGAAGCUGCCUCCUCCCGAGCACUACGGCCAGCCCCUCCCGCCGCUGCAGCUGCCGCCCGAGCCCCCCCGCGCGCCCCCGCCCGUCACUCUGUACCCCAACAUGCCCCUCUCCCCGCCGACCUCCAGCUCCAUGCUGCCCAUGCAGGGGGGUCACAGCGAGGGCCUGCUGCAGAUCGCCUCCCCCCAGGGCCAGGUGAUGGCCCCGACGCCGCCCCCCUCCACGCCCACCCACGGGCCGCCCCAGCCCCCGCCCGCCCAGAACGGCUACACCUCCAAACACACGCAGGCGCAGGGUGCUUUCCACACCACCUGGACAGGCAGCAGCACGGCCUCCUACACCCCCGUGGGACCCCAGCAGAACGGGCGGGGCCACCAGCAGCCACCCCUUCACCACCCCUCCCACUUCUGGUCUCAGCAUCACAGUUCAGCCUCCUUUCCUCCGCCUGUCUCCAACCAUCCAGGCCCUGAGUUCUGGUGCUCGAUCUCGUACUUCGAGAUGGACGUGCAGGUGGGGGAGAUGUUCAAGGUGCCGGCCAGCUGCCCGGUGGUGACGGUGGACGGCUACGUGGAUCCCUCGGGGGGCGACCGCUUCUGCCUGGGCCAGCUCAGCAACGUGCACCGCACCGACGCCAGCGAGAGGGCCAGGUUGCACAUUGGGAAGGGGGUGCAGCUGGAGUGCCGGGGGGAGGGGGACGUGUGGAUGCGCUGUCUGAGCGACCACGCCGUCUUCGUGCAGAGCUACUACCUGGACCGCGAGGCGGGGCGAGCUCCAGGGGACGCAGUGCACAAGAUCUACCCUGGGGCCUACAUCAAGGUGUUUGACCUGCGUCAGUGCCACAGGCAGAUGCAGCAGCAGGCAGCCACAGCGCAGGCAGCUGCAGCAGCGCAGGCGGCGGCCGUGGCGGGGAACAUCCCGGGGCCGGGCAGCGUCGGGGGUAUCGCCCCUGCAGUCAGCCUGUCAGCAGCAGCAGGGAUCGGGGUGGACGACCUGCGCCGUCUCUGCAUCCUACGGCUGAGCUUUGUGAAGGGCUGGGGGCCGGACUACCCCCGGCAGAGCAUCAAGCACACCCCCUGCUGGGUGGAGGUGCACCUGCACCGGGCUCUGCAGCUGCUGGACGAGGUGCUGCACACCAUGCCUCUGGCAGACCCGGGACCGGCCAACUGAGCACGCCACGCGUCCCACAACUCAGCCAUCAACAUCCACAGUUAUCAUACCGCACACGCAUUUGUGUUAAAUGAUACAACAUCCCCAUGCACAUCGCUAGCACCACACACAAGCACGCACAUACACGGAACACACAUACUCACUAUGACUCUGACCGGUUCACACAGUAACUAACUUCAGACACAGUUAUACUGCACAUUGACAGACUCGGCUCUGAAACAGAUGUGGAGCAAGAGCUCAGAAAUGACCCGUUUGUAAACUACCGGAGCAACGGAGACCAAAUCCACUUCAAAUCGCCGGUGCACCCGUUCAGUCAAAGCUUCGGGACAUGGUGGGACCCACUUUCUGGCAGAGGAAGAAAACCAGGACCCAAAAUGGCCCGAACCCUCACCCCCAGCACAGACUCACUAGUUGGUCUGACUCCGUACAGCCAGGACAGGCCCCGAUCUGUGGAGCUGCAAGGCCUGGCAGCCAGUGUUCAUCCCGAUGACAUCAGCUCUCUCUCGGACUCCCAGUUGCUCUGCCCCGGAUCCAAGACCAGGACCUGGGUUCCAGAACUGAACCCCCGACCAUGAAAAACAAAGACUGCUCAGAACUAUUCUUGGACACAGCCCUCAGCUCCAGACAUGACACUCCCCCCACAGGGACCCUCACUGUCAAAGUGCUUUUGUUGCUCUGUGAUUGCCUGUAUAUAUAUAUAUCGUGUUGACUGACAUGACGCCAGCCCCAUUUAAUAGGGGUUUGCACCCUCGAGUUACUUUAUUCUCCUACCAAAACUCAGAACUUACCAAAAGAAAAGAGCCAAAAAAACAGCUUUAAGAGGAUGUUAAUUUUGAUGUUAGUGAUUAUACAGUACAGUAUGUGACCGUUUGCCAAACAGUUUAACUCACCAAAGCCAGGAUACCUCAGACACAGUGUGAACCCACUGUUUUUUUUUUUCAGCCAGUCACCCUUGUAUGCUCUCUCCCUCAGCCCCCUUCUCC